UAAAACAACUACUCUAUCUUCACAUUGCCCCAGAGUUUUGAACCCUCCUUAGUACACUCCUAGUGGAAAUUCAAGUUUAUAAUUAUCAUCACCAACAUGUCAAACGGUUCGGCCUUCUUCCUCCCACCCGAAAAAGCCCAAGGCCUCGCCAACUACCCGCAUGCACGCAUUCUCCCCACCAACCCCGCUUCGCGCACCAUCCAUGUCUCGGGCACAUCAUCGCGCCGCGGCGAUGGGACCUGGGACGGCGUAACUGAACAUGCGGAUGGAACAUGGACGCUGGAUAUUCGUCAACAGACCGCGGCGGUUCUCCGCAAUAUUGACACGGUUAUUCGUGGCGCCACAGACGGCAAAGGGAGCAUUAAGAAUGUGGUCGAUGCAACGGUGUUCUUGACGGACUUGACCGGUUCCUAUCAAGGUAUGAAUGAAGAAUGGAAUAAAGUGUGGCCUAAUCGCGAGGAUGCGCCGGCGAGGACCACAAUUGGUGUCAAGGAAUUGCCCAAUCCGCGGUUGUUGGUGGAGAUCAAGUGUACGGCAAUCUGUGAAUGGUGAGCGAGUAUCGAUAUAGACUGGAGUCUAGAUCGCCUUGUUUUCUUUUUACCUUCGCAAAUCAUGGAUGGCCUGGCUAGGGCUCUGCAACAUUUGUUGUUUGGUUACUCGAUGACUCUCGAUUCUAUUUUCUGGCUGUGCGGAUAGAGAAUCUUUCGGUUUCCAUGUAUAUAUCUCCAAGACCUAUGAUUCGAACAUCAGCUAUACUAUGAUAUGGCCCGUAAACAUUAGUAGAGAUACGAUCUUAUCGGCACCAUCUUGUAAGCAUGCUUGAAG